UGCGCGCUCUGGCUAGCUCGGUGGCGGCGGCUGCGGGCAGGCGGGCGAGCUGAGGGCGGCGGUACCGGCAGCAGGUGGGCGGGGUGCGGGCCGACGGCGGCGGGCAGGGGGCGGCCAGGCUGCGCUCGGGCCGGGCGCGGCCGGCCGUGCGGCGCGCCAUGGACUUCAACAUGAAGAAGCUGGCAUCGGACGCGGGCAUCUUCUUCACCCGGGCGGUGCAGUUCACAGAAGAGAAAUUCGGCCAGGCAGAGAAGACUGAGCUGGAUGCCCACUUUGAAAACCUUCUGGCCCGGGCAGACAGCACCAAGAACUGGACCGAGAAAAUCCUGCGGCAGACAGAGGUGCUGCUGCAGCCGAACCCUAGUGCCCGAGUGGAGGAGUUCCUGUAUGAGAAGCUGGACAGGAAGGUGCCCUCGCGGGUCACCAAUGGGGAGCUGCUGGCACAGUACAUGGCAGAGGCGGCUAGUGAGCUGGGGCCCACCACGCCCUAUGGGAAGACGCUGAUCAAGGUGGCAGAAGCUGAAAAGCGCCUGGGAGCCGCGGAGAGGGAUUUCAUCCACACGGCCUCCAUCAACUUCCUCACGCCUCUGCGCAACUUCCUGGAAGGGGACUGGAAGACAAUUUCGAAGGAGAGACGUCUUCUCCAAAACCGCCGUCUGGACUUGGAUGCCUGCAAAGCGCGGCUGAAGAAGGCCAAGGCUGCAGAAGCCAAAGCCACGACGGUGCCUGACUUUCAGGAGACUAGACCUCGUAAUUACAUUCUCUCGGCCAGCGCCUCCGCGCUCUGGAACGAUGAGGUGGACAAGGCCGAGCAGGAGCUCCGAGUGGCCCAGACCGAGUUUGACCGGCAGGCAGAAGUGACCCGGCUCCUGCUGGAGGGAAUCAGCAGCACUCACGUGAACCACCUUCGCUGCCUCCAUGAGUUCGUGGAGUCCCAGACGACUUACUACGCGCAGUGCUACCGCCACAUGCUGGACUUACAGAAACAGCUGGGCAGCUCCCAGGGAGCCAUAUUCCCAGGCACCUUCGUGGGCACCACGGAGCCCGCCUCCCCGCCCCUCAGCAGCAGCUCACCUACCACCGCCGCGGCCACCAUGCCCGUGGGGCCCUCUGUGGCUGGCCUGGCCCCUCCAGGGGAGGCUGCUCUCCGCCUGGAGGAGGUGAGCCCACCUGCCAGUGGGACCCGGAAGGCCCGGGUGCUCUACGACUACGAGGCGGCUGACAGCAGCGAGUUGGCCCUGCUGGCUGAUGAGCUCAUCACCGUCUACAGCCUGCCCGGCAUGGAUCCUGACUGGCUCAUUGGCGAGAGAGGCAACAAGAAGGGCAAGGUCCCGGUCACCUACUUGGAACUGCUCAGCUAAGCAGGCCCCUCCAGGCCCCCUCGGUUCUGGCCCGGGCGGGAGAGGACGUGUGCAGCCCCACCACCUGUCUGUCGGUGACUCAGCUGCUCGGGGUGGGGAGACCAGCCCCAUUCCGUCCACGUCCCCGGUCGUCCAGCUGUGAGGGGGCCCCAGAGGCUGAACGGUCCCAGCCCCUCCCCCAGCCCUGCUUCUGGAGCCCCCGGCGCUGUCUGCAUCCACGGAGCUCCCCAGCUCUCCGGUCCUUCCCGCUCCUGCUGAGGAGGGGCGGCUGGCUGCAGUGCCGCCCCAGGCACCUCGGCUCCCCGCGGGGGUCGGAGCGCUAGGCCUGCAGCAGCCUGGGGCACACCCUUGGCAAGAGAGCACCUGCCUUUUGGUUGCCAAAAGCAGCAGUGGGGGGAAGGCGGGCAGGUCUGCGGUGGGCCUGGGGACGGGCGCCGGCCCCUCUGGGUGGACUGGAGUGAGGGGCGCCUGGCCGGAGUGGCAUCUCCUGGGUGCUCCCCUCCCCUCCCCCCUCAAGACCGCUCAAGCCAAGUUCGGUGGCUGCAGCCUGCACCUCUCCACACUCACUUUUUAACUGAUCUUUUUACUCUGCCUGUCUGCUUGCUGUAUAGCCAGUGACAAAUAAUAAAUCAUCCUUCACGUG